UCGCAUCCAUGCAAACGCAAUCCAAACCCAAUCUAAUUCAACAUUUGCCAGAAAAUAACAAUAAUAUCAAGAAUAGGAACACAAAAACCACCAUAGCCACUAUUUGCUCGCACUUCUUAUUCAGUGGCAUUCAUCACUCUCAAAGAUCAGAGCCAAAAUGACAACCACCUUCGCGACCGUCGCAGGACUCGGUGGCGCAUCACUGUCAUCCACCUCCUCUCGUCUCACCUCAGGGUUUGUGAAAUCGCCAGUGAGUGCUAGGAACCCCUUGAGGCAAGCUGUGGCAAUGGGAAACGGUGGGAGAGUUACAUGCUUCCAGAGGAAUUGGCUGCGGGCAGAUUACAGUGUGAUCGGGUUUGGGUUGAUCGGCUGGAUCGCACCCUCAAGCGUACCGGCUAUCGACGGUAAAAGUCUGACUGGGCUCUUCUUUGAGAGCAUCGGAACUGAGCUUGCUCACUUCCCCACGCCUCCUGCCCUUAAUUCCCAGUUCUGGUUAUGGCUGGUUACGUGGCACCUCGGGUUGUUCAUCUGCCUCACUUUUGGGCAAAUUGGUUUCAAGGGAAGGACUGAGGACUACUUUUGAAUUCCAAACUUAUGUUCUUUUUUUUUGUUCCCCCACUUUUGUGUCCCAGUGCCUUGCUAUCUAUGAUGUAUGACUCUAUGCUACCUUUUCCCUUCUUACUAGGAAAAAUUUGUCUAAUAUCACCUUCAUAAUGUUGUAUAUUAUUAUUGUUGUACUUCUCCUCAUCAAUGCCCCAACUUUAGUCCUGCAAAUUUUCAAA